AGCACUGGCAGCUGAAUUUUCUGCAACGGUUUUCGUCUCGCGCUAACCUUCGAGUAUAGAAUGACGAAUAAACAAAUGGAAAUUGGUCGCUGAAUUUAAUGUUUUUUCGGUUAAAAAUGUGCGUUUGAGUUAGGGAUAGUUCGUGUACAUUGCGUUAAAUCAAUGAUUUACAAUUAAUAAGUGCGCGACGCGAGUGAUUCCGAUUUAUGUGUGGUGUUGCUUCAAGCGAUGGAUAACAAACAGAUUAGCGCGCGUACUGCGCGUCUGAACAAUUUCAUUCUCGGCCAAUCGGUGCCUCCUCCGGGGACGGUCACUACUUCAUCCGAUGGAUUUGUUGAGCUACAUCAGGCCAAUGAUGGAUCAGUUCCACUGGAAACUGCCUUGUCCCGAGAAGGAUUAUUGGAUUCAUUAUUUGUGCUGUACGAAGAAUGCAGCAAGGAUGUCAUCAAGAAGAAGGAUAAGAACGUUGCCGACUUUGUCAACAAAUAUCGACCCAUCAUCAAUCAGACUCGUUCUAUACGAGUGAACGUGAACGAUUUCAACAUAAAAACCCUUAUUGGAAAAGGAUACUUCGGGGAAGUUCAUCUCGUAUCGGAAACCAGCACCGGUGAAGUGUACGCAAUGAAGAAAAUGUGCAAAGCGAUAGUGACCUCCAGUCAGAUCCGCGAAGAGCGCGACAUCAUGGCCUCGAGACAGUCAGACUGGAUCACUGCGUUGCAGUAUGCGUUUCAGGAUCAAGAGUGUCUCUACUUGGUAAUGGAGUACUUACCUGGAGGCGACCUGCUUAGCCUUAUGAUUCGCAUUGGGCUGUUCGACGAAGAGCUGGCUCAGUUUUAUCUGGCUGAGCUUACUGAAGCACUCCACUCUCUGCACAGCAUCGGAUACGUCCACCGUGACAUAAAGCCGGAAAACAUCCUUCUCGACAGGUUUGGUCACCUGAAGUUGGCCGACUUCGGGAAUGCCACGGCCAUCAACAAGGAUGGUAGUGUAACGAGCAUGACACCGGUAGGAACUCCGGACUAUAUUGCACCAGAAUUGUUACAAACACUUUCCACCACAAUCAAGACAUCCCGCGGGAACCAUGAUGUGACAUGCGACUUCUGGUCCAUGGGCAUAAUCGGCUAUGAAUUCGUAACGGAAACAACGCCGUUUCACGACGAAAAUGUGAACGAAACCUACUCUCGAAUUUUGUCCCAUUGCGAAGGUCGUUUCGCGAGGAAGCUUGAAUAUCCGGCGCACGUUGCUAUUUCAUCGCAUUAUAGAGAUCUUCUGGACCGUUUGGUAACGAAAGUUUCCAAUCGAAUCGGGUACAAAGAUAUCAGAAAACAUCCAUUUUUUAGUGACGUUAAUUGGGAAAAGUUAAGGUAUAAGAUUCCACCAAUAAUUCCGAAUGUGAGUAGUGAUGAUGAUGUUUCAAAUUUUGAAGAUGUCGAUAAAUCACUAAAAAGAAAUGCUUUUGUCAACAAGCCGACCUAUCCGAUUUCCAGGGUGCAUGAUUUUAGUGGUCAAAAUUUGCCCUUCCUCGGGUACACAUAUGUGUACGAGGAAGCCGAUCCUGCCGGUAAGUACCGUGAUACGGAUGAGCAUAUGGCAACGGCUCGAUUAUCGCAGAAGAUCAAGGAACAGGAUAAACUGCUCAAAGAUUAUAAAAACGAAAUUCAUCAAUUGCAGAGAGAUCUACUGGAGAAAGAUCGCAAAAUUGCGACAGUCACUGCACACAACAAAAUCUUUGGCGAAACUAAAAAAGAGCUAGAGAAUCUCCAGGAACUGUUGAAGAUAAAAACGGCCGAACUGGCGGCGGCGAAGACUGAUAUCAAAACAUUGAAGAAUCGAUUGAAAAUCGAAGAAGAGCAGCGCUCGAAAAAUGACGCGACUAUUGCUGAUCUGCUCAAACAGACUUACAAAAAGUGGGAACGGGCUAAGCAGAAUUCCGAUCAGAACUAUGAAAAACAGAUAGCCGAACGACGAACGGAGAUAAGUGCGCUGAAUGAAAAGUUCCGAACACAGACAGGAGAAUUGCGUUCGAAAGUAGAGGAAUGCUCUCAGCUGCAGACAAUGAUCGAGAAUUAUAAAGAUCUGCUGAAGAAAUCCAAGGAUCAAUUGAUGGUGGAUAAGGAAGAAUAUGACAAGAACCAUCGAAACCUGGUGGCUGCCUAUGAAGCAAAACAUGUGGAAAUGAAACAAAGGUGCAAAGCAGAAAAAGAGCUACGAGGUAAGACGGAGGAAGAAGUCCGAGCACUGCGUACUCGCUUGCAGGAGUAUGAAAACAACGUAAAGAACACAGAACAUUCGCACAAGAAGUUUGUGGACAACAUCAAACGGAGAAUGACCGUGCAGAUGGAGGAAGCGAAGCAAGUGUCGGACAAAAUGAGCGAAGAAAUGCAGCGGAAGUGCGAAGAUUUGCGGAAGGAAAUUUCAAAGCUGCAGGAGCAAAGUGUGUCAAGCAGUGCCAACAGCAGUAAGCGCAGUUCACUGCAGGAGCAGGAGUUCCGCAGUGCCCAUUCCAGCAUUCAAUCGUUGAAUGUGCACGUGGAAGAGCAACUGCGAAAUGAUUUGAUUCGCGCAAGAGAAAGCGAAGAUCUGCAACGCAAACGGGCAGACGGGUUGGAGGAGGUUGUCUCGCGUUUAGAGAAGCUUAUCGAUCAGUUCAAGACAGGCCACCCGGUGGUCGUUAGUGGGACCGCAGACGGUACGACGUCGCUUCUAGAACGGCAAAACGAACGACUAGAGGACAAGCUGAGUGCCAUUCGGGAGCAAUCGAUUUUAGAUAAGCAAUCAGCUCGUUCGGCCAACCUGUCGCUGUGGAAGCUGGAAAAGGAACUGGAACGGGCAAAGUUGGACAACUCGAUUCUGGGCCGCCGGGUGGAACAGGCCGAUGAAAGAGUGAACAGGGUGCGGAAGGAGAAGGAGGAAGUCGCUUUCAAAAUAAAGCAGCUGGAGGAGACAAUUGGCGGGAAGGAGAAGCAAAUUGAGGAUCUAAAGGAAGACAUCCGGUUGUUGAAGGAUGAAUUGAGGAAGGAACGUUACUCAAGGGAUUCGACCGAGAAGGGACGAUUAGCCGAAAAGGCAGAGUUGAUAACUGCUGCUGCUAAGAUUCAGAGCUUGGAGGAGAAGUUGGACGAGGCGAAGAAGAAGGUGAUCGAAGCAAACGACAAGCUCAGAAUAAUGACGUCAGAAAAUUCCAGGCUAAUGAGAGAAGUCGAUGAAAACCAAGAUGAGUUGGUGGACGCCCAUGGAUCUGUCAAAGAGUUGGAAGAGAAGCUAGCGGUUGUAACGAGGAAUUUUAAUAUGUUGAAGGGAGCUUGUAGUAUUACGGAGACCCAGCUUACCGAACUGGAGAUUUUACUGGAAAAAGAACAGAAGAAAAAUAGUGAAUGUGAGAAAACAGUCGCUGCUUUGUACAUACAAAUGAAGGAAAAGGACGUUAUACUGGCCAAACUGAGACAGGAUCUGAAUCAGGAGAAAUCGUCCAAGACACUGAGUGAAUCGAAAACAUCUCAACUUGCUUCGGAAUACGAUGAGUUGCGCAAGAAGUUUGAAGAGCUUCAAAAUCAGAUGGUUGAUCAACAGAAAGACCUUAUUGAGAAGACCACUAGUUUGUUCGAGGUCCAAGAACGCAUAGAGAUGCUAAAUCUGGAUGCAUCUAACUUACAAAAGGUCGUGUCAAAUUACGAACAUGAGCACCUCAUUCUCAAGGAAGAAAACUCCAAAAUUCUUACCGAUUUGUUCUUGGCAAAGGAGCAUAUUACAAAACAGUACAAUGAGAUCAAAGAUUACAAGAAUCAAAUAAAUCAGUUGAACAAUGAGCUUGAUCACGUCAAGACGGUUCUCACGGAGCAAAAGACGUUCUACACCGAGCGUGAUAUCAAAUCGGAAACCACGCUUGCUCAACACAAGAAGCUCAUCGAUCAUCUACAAGCCCGCGUAGAAGAAGGUUCUCACAAGAAGAAAAAAACAUUUGCCGAUAUUCUUUUUGGAAGCGGCAAUCAGGAAAAGAAAGAAAAUGUUGCGCCGAAUCCUAUCAUGGUGGAAAACACCACCAGCUACAAAAAGCUUCAGGAUGAAUUGCAAAAGGAGCGCCAACGAACCAAUCAGCUCAAAGAACAACUUUUACGAGCAAAAACUGAUAUGAUUGCUAUGCAGGGAACCCUCAAGAAGGCCCAAAAGGAUGAGGAAAAUCAACAACUCGAAUCUAAGGAUAAACAACUUCCAGCCAAAACUCCUCCCAAGCCUCACAAAUCUUCAUUCCGACAGGAACCAGCACCCACCGUAUCUAAAACCGGACAGCCCAGCGGAAAAUCUCACACUUUUGACAUGACCUUGGAGACCUCCUCUUCCAAAAACCCGAUUCAGCUGUGCAGUGUUUGCGAUCGCCACAUCAUGGCCGGUCACCCCUACUGGAAGUGCACAGGUUGUGCGAAAAAUGUCCAUCGGAAGUGUCGGUCCGGAGCCGCGAACGAUUGUCGAGGGGACGGAGACUUGGACUCGCUGGCCAAUGAGCUGGUGGCGGAAGGAGCCAGUGAUACCGAGUCGCUGCGAGAUCAAAUCAGUUUAGCACCCGGACCGGAUGAGGAAUCGGGCGGCGAAAGUGGUGGUGUGGUUAGCAGCGUGGAGGAGAAAGCCGAUGACGGAGAGGACAAGUAUGUGGGUGAUUUGUUGUUCAAAACGAAGCGUUUGGAGCCAAAGCUGGCGAUCAACGAUGUGUAUGACGUGAGUGAGAACGUGGUGCUGUUGGGUUGCGAUAGUGGUCUUUUCUCCUACAACACCGAUUCGUCCGAAUUGGUACAAAUCCGUGGCAUAUCGAACGUGAAAUCGUUCACCAUCUCUCAGCAUAUACCCAAGGCCAUCAUUAUUGGAAACGACGGUGAAUAUCUGUACCAGUGUGACCUGCGGCACCUGCACAGCCGUGCACAGGCCUCCUCUUGCCUCACUCCCAAGCUGGAAACAUUCGUCCUGGAUUUGUCCAUCGCCAACCGAACCCACAGCGAACGGUGGCAUCUGGUACGCAUGAUGGACGAUCCGUCCUUUGAACAGUUAUCCGAUAUAAUAGCAAUUGCCGCAACGUCGUCGAGAAUAGUCAUUCUCAAGUUUGACACCAACUUGGGACGGUUCAAACCGGUACGAGGACUGGACACCGUUCUCCCAGUCACAUCCGUUCUCUUCACGAAACAUACUGCCAUUGUAAGUUCCGACAAGUUUUUCGAAAUCGAUCUAGGAAAUUACGGGGCGGAAGAGUUCCUCGACAUGUCUGAUACAAGCCUACGGGAUGUUCGUUCUUGCACUCCAAUGGCGGCCUUCAAAGUGAAUAGUCAGGAGUUCCUACUGUGCUUCAAGGAGGUAGGAAUCUUUGUGGACGAGUACGGGUGUCGAUCGCGACCAGACAACAUCAAUUGGCUGCAGGAACCAUUGGAUUUCCGGUAUCGCGAAUCUUGCCUCUUUAUCGCGCAUUCCGAUUGCGUUCAAGUUUUGUACGUUAGUAAAUCGUACACCAAAGAGAUGGAACGUAAAGAGACAUCGGAUGACCGGCGCGCAUUUGUCAAUCUGAACUCUCCACAGUUGAUGGCAUUUUUGGAUUUUGCUCGCACUAGUAUUUACGUGGCCUGUGAGUGUGGUCCGGAAAAGGAACAGGAAAUCAUCAUGUUGGAUGGAUACAAGGCACUGCAGACGACGUCGCCGUGCUUCAGCAAUUCCAUGGAAACCUUAUCCAGUCUAGCGAGCUAUCCGACGACGGUGACCCAAAGCAACGAAACUCUAUCGUUGGGACAUGCGGUUUAGGUACGCUUUAAAUGUGGUUACAUACAAAAAAAAACUUAUAAUUUUAGUAUUUAAUGAACAAGAUCCGCAUGCGAUUUGUGAGAUUUAUGUGACAAGAAAUUGUUUUGCCUACCUAAUAAAUAUUUGAUGAUUUCAAGACAGUUAA